GUUUUCUGUGAUUGUCGCUUCAUUGUCGCCUUAACAAGCGUCGAGAGAAACCAGCAGCAGGAUCAAACUUCAUACCUAAGAAGAUGGAUACGGAUACGGAUUUUUUCGAAGACGAGUACGACAACUACAAUUACAGUUACGAAGUGAUUGGACCUUGUUCUCACCAGAACAACCACAGCGUGGAGAUGGUGAUCGGCCCGUACAUCCACUCCAUCAUCUGCAUCCUGGGCUUCGUGGGAAACAGCCUGGUGAUCAUCACCUACGCCUUCUACAAGAGGACCAAAUCCAUGACUGACGUUUACCUGCUUAACGUCGCCAUCGCCGACCUGCUGUUCGUGGUGUCGCUGCCUCUCAUCGUCUACAACGAGACGACGUCGUGGUCGAUGGGGCCGGUGGCCUGCAAGCUGCUGCGCGGCAGCUACAGCGUGAAUCUGUACAGCGGGAUGCUGCUGCUCGCCUGCAUCAGCACCGACCGCUACAUCGCCAUCGUCCAGGCUCGCCGCAGCUUCCGGCUGCGCUCGCUGCCCUACAGCCGCGUCAUGUGCGCCAUCGUCUGGGUCUUCGCCUUGCUGCUGUCCGUCCCCACCUUCAACUACUACCAGUGGUACGAGCCGUCGCACAACAUUGAAAAUUUCAUGACCGAGCCGCAGGUGAACGCCACCACCACCAGCCGUCCUGAGUACGUCUGCGAGUUCCGGUUCACGGACAACACCACGGCGUUGAGGACGAAGGUGGCCGUCCCCAGCAUCCAGCUGGCCGUGGGCUUCUUCCUGCCGCUGCUCGUCAUGGUCGUCUGCUACAGCUGCAUCAUCGUCACCCUAAUGAGAGCCAGGAACUUCCAGCGGCACAAGGCGGUGCGGGUGGUGCUGGCCGUGGUGGCGGUGUUCAUCGUCUGCCACCUGCCCUACAACGUCACGCUGCUCUACGACACCGCCCACAUGUUCGAGGAGCAGUGGUGCGAAGAGGCAGACGCCCUGCAGGUGGCCAAGACGGUGACGCAGACCAUCGCCUACCUGCACUGCUGCCUGAACCCGGUGCUGUACGCCUUUGUCGGGGUGAACUUCAGGAACCACUUCAGGAGGAUCGUCCGGGACCUGUGGUGUCUGGGGAAGAAGUACAUCGCCCCGCGCCGCUUCUCCAGGGUCACCUCUGAGAUGUACGUAUCCACCCGCCGAUCGGUGGAUAAAUCCAGUGAGAACGGCUCGUCUUUCACCAUGUGAGGACGACUGGAGGAUUCAUCUGUGGUGCUGUUUGUUGUGGACACAAAAAAAAAAUUGUUUGAGUUUUACCAGAAACUUCAGUCCUUCACCCAAGCCAGUCUGGAGCUGAGUCUGAGGCCCUGCAGGUCUCUGGAAACCAAAUGAGACUCAAGUCUGUAAAUCCUUUCGUAAUAAUGUGCUUUAGGCUGCGGUUCUCAGUCAGGGGGGUCAGAAUCCUCAACAGGGUCAAGAGAUGUUAUCAAAAGGUAAAAAAAUGAGACAAAGUUCCCGUCAGUUUGUUUUUCUUUUCUUUAAUCUUUACUUUUUUUUUAUUGUAAGUGAGGAAAGAUUUAUUUAAAUAAUGUCAAAACAAAAUCUGUUUCACAAAACAGUAAAACAUCAGUUUUAAAAGGUGACAGAAUAUAAACGAGUUUUAAGAGGUUUUGGUUGAACUGGAUGAUCUGAUAGUGAGACGCUCUCAGGGUAAUCUGUUUUAUUCUCAUUUAGCUGAGGAUGUUUUGAUUCCAGGACGUCCUUUAAGUCAGACAGUUUGAGAUUGUCACGUAUGACAGACACGUACAGCUGAGUGUCGUCUGCAUAAAGGCGAAGCAGUAUAUUUAAAUGACCCAAUGGCAGCGUAUAACUCGAGAAUAAAACAGAGCCUUGAGGCACUCCAGAGUUUGAGCUCUUCAGGAGUUAAAAAACUGUUCAAAUGAAACAUUCUGAGAAGAAAACUUCACUCUUUGCUUGAGCCUAAAAGCUUAUGAAUCACUGACUGACUGAAUUUACUGACUGUUGUGAUUUGCAUCGUGUUAACUGUGCGACGUUUUCUGGAAAAGUUUAUAUAUUACUAAAUAGUUUUGCCCGACAAGUUGUAGGAUUUUCACACCAGAUACGUCUUGUUUUCAGGUUCGGAUGAUAAAACUUUGGUUUAGGUUCACAAAUGAUGAUGAUUCUGGUUAAAUGUUAAUAAAACAAACGUGUCUCGUGACUUUUUCAAUGCUUAACCAGCAUCUUUGAACCUGAACCAGGAGCUGUGAGUGUCUGAACUCGACCAGAGAAACCUUCAUCAUGCAGAGCAGCAUGUCGGAUCAGAUGUCGACCUUUUUCACAGCAGACUAGUUGUGAGGAGAUGUUUCAGCUCCUGGUUCCUGCAGUAAAAGUCACAGAUAAAGUUAGAGGGUGUUGUAUUUAGAGCCGUCAGACACAAUGAAAUGCAGCCGUUUUAGUUUUAAUGAGAUUUGUGCUUUUCCUGCUGCGACGUGUCAAAAUGUCUUCUAUGAAAAAGUUCUAUUAUAGAAAAAUGAAGUGCUGCAGACGUGUUGUUUACAUGCUGCAGACGUGUUGUUUACAUGCUGCAGACGUGUUGUUUACAUACUGCAGACGUGUUGUUUACAUGCUGCAGACGUGUUGUUUACAUGCUGCAGACGUGUUGCUGUGCUGCAGAGGUGUUGCUGUGCUGCAGAGGUGUUGCUGAUGUGCUGCUGACGUGCUGCAGAUGUGCUGCAGCCGUGUUGCUGACAUG